AUGGGAUUGUUGGCAGUUUCAGAGAAACUGCGCUCUGACCCUGAAACUGAGGUUGCCACUACAGGACUACAAGUGUCUCUCAUUUGUCCACUGGUGAAGCUGCGGAUGUCGGUGCCGUGUCGGUCCAGAGGCUGCGCUCACCUCCAGUGUUUCGACGCUUCUUUCUAUCUCCAGAUGAACGAGAAGAAACCCAGGUGGAGCUGCCCUGUCUGCCACAGAUACGCCCCGUUUGAUGAGCUGCGCAUCGACAGUUUGCUGUGUGACAUUCUGGAGAGUUCUGGCGAGGAUGUGGAGGAGAUCGAAUAUCUGUCUGACAGCACAUGGAAAGCCGUAAAACAUGAUAAAAGUGAUUAAAACAAAGCCUCUGUUCUGCAUCUUGUCAAACACAAUGUGAACAGUAAACCAGUGAGAGACGCUGUGGUGGAUCUGACUCAGUUUUCCUCGGAUGAUGAAGAUUUCCAGAAAGAAGAGACCGUUUCCACACAUAUCCAGGAGAAAAGUGUGCACUUCAGGAAAUCUGGCGUAGUCAAAAACACUCGACACAGAGGUCGAAAAACUCAGGUGCACACAGAAAAGCACAGAACUAUCGACUGAACUAUGAUUGUUUACAUUUUUAAUGGGUUUUUCCUCUAUUUUCUAUAAAUUCUUCAUUUAC